AGCAGUCGACGUCGCCCAAAACACGUCAUCUCGGAUCCUCCCGAUCCACUAACGGUGCUUUUAGGUACUUCAAGCACCGGUCACCGUUCUCGUCGAACCCGUCGCUUGCGACGAAGGGCUCGACGAGUAAAUUAACUCUCAGACACAGCCCACUGAGUUUCUCGCCGGAUCUUCUCAGUGGGUCGCGUUUCCGAUCUGGUGGUAGAUUCUGCGAAGCACGGCUCUUGCUAGGGUUCGUGUUAGCAUCGUCGUCAGGUUUGAGCCCCGUGAGCUCACCUACUAGCCACGGUUACGCUGGAAUAGCCGCUCCAGGCUACCAGCUUAGGUAGGAAAAAAAAAAAAGAUGCAUAGAGAAUUUUCUGUCAUCCCUAUUAUUUUCUCAGUGCUGUUGCAAUCGUUGUGUGAUUGUGUGUGUGUUUUUAUGUAGAUCCCUAUAUACUAUAUACCUAGUACCUACUCAUUCACAAUAACAUAUUCGAUCAAUUAAAUUUCGCGAUAGCUUUAUUGCUGAAGUACACAAUUGCACACCUUCAUAAAGAUUUGUACGAAGAGAUCAUUACCACUUUGUAAUCAUGGCUAGAGGAAAAAACAAAGGUGGUAAGAAAGAGGCACCUGAUUCUACGAAAACCCCUUCUUCUGAAAGUCAGCCUUCAGAAAGUCAACCUUCAACAUCCCAAAUUCCAACUACAGAACCAACAACUACUAUUGAAGAUGAUUUAGGGGGCCUUGGUCUUGGUGAAUCUAGAAAAAGACGGCCCAGGAAGAAGCCAACUGAAAAACAAGAAUCAUUAGCUCAAGCUGAAUUGUCAAACCCAAAGCUUACUCAAACUGAUAAUCCGAAAGCUGAGGUUCCUAAAACAGAGGCUCCUAAAACCGAGGCUCUUAAACCUGAGGCUCCUAUCCCUGAGGCUUGUAAAUCUGAAGCUCCUAAAAGUGAAGAGUCCAAAAUCGAAACUAGAGGUUCUAAACCAGAAGCUGCUGCUGAUAAGCCUCAAGAUGAUGAUGAUGGUUUGGGUUUGGGGUUAGGUGGUGGGGGACGAAAAAAAACUCGCAGCAGGAAACCUAAAUUUACAGCUGUAGAAACAGACAUCAAAUAUUCAAAAGCUCCAUCAAGUGAACCUGCAAUUCCAGGACCAUCACAAAGUAAACCAAUAACGUCAACUGCAUCACAGCCUAUUCAAUAUGUACAAAAUAAACCAGAGGUCAAAGUGGCCCCUGCAGCCCCUGUUUUGUACAAGAUACCAGAUAAAAUAUUGUCUCCACCCUCAAGAACUGUGCCGAUUUUAACUAAUUAUUUGGCUAUGAAAAUAACAAAACCAUUGAAAAUUUACCGUUACGACGUCACAUUCAAACCAGAUAAACCGAAGAAAUUUAUUGCACAAGUGUUUAAACUGGUAAAGUCUAAAGAAUUUCCUAAAGAAAUCCUUGCCUUUGAUCAAACAAAAAAUUGUUAUUCACUGACUCCGCUGCCAAAAAUCACCACUGAGAGAUAUGGUGUAAAAGUGGUGAUCAAAGAUAUGAACGGUAAAGACAUGCCGUUUGAAGUGUCAUUCAAAGCUAGUGGUAUAGUAGACUACAAUAAUGUUCUGAAGCAUAUGGCAACGGGUGGAUCAUCCCUUAAUGCACCAACUGACACCAUACAAUGUAUUGACAUAGUGUUAAAACAAGGAACAUUGGAAUCAUAUGUGAAAGCAGACAGACAAUACUUCAUGCGUCCUGCAUCUCCGAUUGACUUGGGCGACGGGCUCGAGAUGUGGACUGGUUUAUUCCAAUCUGCUAUAUUUACAUCGAAAGCCUUCAUCAACGUUGAUGUUGCACACAAAGGUUUCCCAAAGAAUCAACCUAUGAUUGAUGCUUUCACGCGUGAUUUUCGCUUGGACCCCAACCGUCCAAUGGAUCGGCAACCAGGUCGUGCUGUUGAAGCUUUCAAUGAAUUCAUUAGAGGGCUUAAGGUCGUAUCGAAGAUACUUGGUACCGGACCUUCUUCGGGACAAUUACGCGAGCACAUAUGCAACGGGGUUGUCGACCCACCGUCACGUCAAACAUUUACGUUGGAGAACGACAAAGGACCGCCGGUUAGGAUGACCGUAUACGAAUAUUUUAUGAAAGAGAAAAAAUACAGGAUUAAGUAUCCGGACUUGAACUGUUUGUGGGUCGGCCCGAAAGACAAGAACAUAUAUCUACCGAUGGAACUAGUCGAAGUUGCAUAUGGCCAGGCCCGUAACAAGCAAUUAAAUGACAGACAAUUGUCGACAAUGGUGAGAGAGGCUGCAACCCCACCUGAUGUACGGAAACGUAAGAUUGAGGAAGUGAUUCAGAAGAUGAAUUACUCGAAGAAUCAAUUCUUCAAAACAUACGGUUUGGAGAUAGCCAAUGAGUUUUAUCAAGUUGAAGCGAAAAUUCUCGAAGCGCCCACAUUAGAAGUGGGUCCACGGCAAUUUACUGUACCAAAGAAGGGAGUAUGGCAGGCCAACUGUCUUCUGAAACCGGAAGCUCUGAAUUCAUGGGGCUUCAUUGCCAUAGAAUUGGAUCCACGUGGAUGUAAUUAUGAAGACAUCGUGUCGAAGCUAAUGAAUACCGGUCGACAAAUGGGCAUGAACGUGACCCAACCAAAGAUGGCUUGCUUCAACAUCCGUAUAAAUGACCUGCACAAGAGUAUGCUGCACGCUCUAGAAAAACAGGUCAAUUUCCUGGUCGUGGUCGUUUCUGGACGGGGCCGCGAUUAUUAUCACAAGCUGAAACAGAUUGCCGAACUCAAAGUGGGUAUACUGACGCAGUGUAUCAAAGAAGAUACCGCCACGCGCCGAAUGAACCCACAAACAGCUCGGAACAUUUUACUAAAGGUGAAUUCGAAGCUUAUGGGAAUAAAUCAGGCAUUGGAGAAUCGUUCCAUUCCUCAGUGCUUAAAGGGUGGGGCUGUGAUGAUCGUGGGCGCUGACGUCACGCAUCCAUCGCCAGAUCAGAGUAAUAUACCGAGUAUCGCCGCCGUAACCGCCUCGAUGGAUACGAAAUGCUACAUAUACAACAUCGAACUGAGUAUACAGACACCGAAGAAAGAGAUGAUCGUUCAGUUUGAGGACAUAAUGGUGGAUCAUUUCCAUGCUUUCAAGAAAAGUCAGGGGAUUCUGCCGAAGAAGGUGUUCGUGUUCCGUGACGGGGUUUCUGAGGGUCAAUUUGCUGAGGUAAUGAAGAGUGAACUGACUGGAUUGCAUCGCGCCUACCAACGUGUCGCGGGAUUGAACGCUAAACCAGAAGUAUUGUUCAUUCUUGUACAAAAACGUCAUCACACGAGAUUCUUCCUGCCCGGGAACAACGCCCGUUUCAACGUCGAUCCGGGGACUGUGGUCGACCGUGAUAUAGUACAUCCACGUGAAUUGGACUUCUAUUUGGUGUCUCACCAAGCGAUCAAGGGCACGGCUCGUCCGACGCGCUACCACGCCGUCUGCAACGACGGCAGGAUCCCGGAGAACGAAGUGGAGCACCUCGCGUACUACCUGUGCCAUCUGUACGCGCGUUGUAUGCGCGCCGUGUCAUACCCCGCGCCGACCUACUACGCGCACUUGGCCUGUCUGCGGGCUCGCUCGCUCACCUAUGGCGAGAUAUUCAAUAAUAACGAUCUCGAGAAGAAUCCCAAACGUCUCCGGGUCCUCGACAGCAUGCUGAAACAGAGCCGUAUGUUCUUCGUCUAACAAGAUGAUAUUUUAAAAAUGUAUAUGUAAUCACUAUUUAAUAAAACACGUAUAACAACGAAUGACUUCAUUCGUAAUCUUAUUAUAUUAAUAUCAAUAACCAUGCCUUUUGCAAUGAAAAUUAUAAACACGUCUCUUACCCUAUAAAUAUGAUUGUUUCAUGACAGAAAUUAGAUAGCUUUUUGUGUAAAAUCAAGAUUUUUUUAAUGAAAAUAUAAAACGUAUGAUUUUUUUAAGGAAAACUUCUUUGAGUUAAUGAAAAAUUUAAAAACUAAUGUUCUUUGUACCGAGUUAAUCCGGUAGGUUUCGCUCGCACAAAAUACAGAAGAUAAACCAAAGAAGUUUCACUUCUUAGUUUUACAGAUUUGCAUGUGAGACUCAAAUAGCCUCAAGCGCUUUUUAGAUCGCGGUUGUCAUGUAAAAACCAUAAUAUAUUGUAUCUCGACAUCGGAGGUAUAAACUCUGAUAUAAAUUGUUUCAUCUGUACAAAUUGAGUGACUUAAAUUAUAAUUGGUCCAGGAUAAGAUGUCCGAGUUUGGUUAAGACCCUACACCAUCAUCAUAUUCUCAAAUAAUAUGAUAUGGUGUUGUUUUGCGGAGUAUAUAUUGUUUACUCUUGCGCUAGGAUUCGUUUUAUCAGGUUCUGAUGCUUUGACACGCAUUUAUUCGUCUGAAGUCGAGAUGUUACUGCUUAUUUGCAUCUGCUUUUACUGGUGGUAGGACUUCUUGUGAGUCCGUGCGGGUAGGUACCACCGCCCUGCCUAUUUCUGCCGUGAAGCAGUAAUGCGUUUCGGUUUGAAGGGUUGGGCAGCCGUUGUAACUAUACUGAGAUCUUAAAACUUAUAUCUCAAGGUGUGUGGCGCAUUUACGUUGUAGAUGUCUAUGGGUUCCAGUAACCACUUAACAGGUCGGCUGUGAGCUCGUCCAACCAUCUAAGCGAUAAAAAAACUGCUUGCCGAAGUGUGAAUUAUCUCAUAACCGUGUAUCGGAUAUAAUAAACAUACAAUGUCAUAUGGAAAGACGGUUAUAACUAUUUGAAAUUGAUCAGAGGGAAAGAUAGAGAUAUGAAUGACAAAUUAUUAUUAUCAUACUAUAUUUAAAAAUCAUAUAUGUAUGAAAUAUUUGGUAUCUGAAAAAUAAUAUGAUCGUAUCGUUUAUUUAAAAUUUACAACCGCCUAUCUUUAUUAUUAACGUGUUUUAAAAUUAUUUUUUUUUUCAAGCCUUUUCUUUGUUUGUGCUAACUAUUUUUGUAUUGAUUUUAUUAGGAUAUUAUUGGAUUGUGUUAUUUGAAAAGUUAAAAUCAAAUCUAGUGUGAACUUAAACUAAAAACGUAAUCUUAUCAAUAUAAUGUAUUUUAUUUCAAUAAAGUGUCCAGUAGAAA